AUGGGUACAGCUUUCACGACUCUUCGGGUUAUGUUUUAUUUACUUUUACCAUCUGAAACAUAUUUUGAACGACUUGAAGAUGUUCCAGAUUAUGUUGUUCAAGCAACUCGACUAUUUCUUGUUUUACAAGUACUAGAAUUUGCUAUUGCUUGGUAUCGAGGAAAAAUAAAACCACGUUUUAAUGAUACAUUCAGUUCAAUGACUGCUGGCGUUGUUUCACGUAUCCCUCGACUUUUUAUGAAAUCCCUUGAAUUAACAUCAUACAUAUGGGUUUAUGAAAAUUUUCAUAUUUUUUCACGAUUACCAUGGAAUUCACCAAUAACAUAUUGGGUUACUUUUAUUGGAGUAGAUCUUGGUUAUUAUUGGUUUCACCGUAUGGCACAUGAAGUUAAUCUGUUUUGGGCUUCACAUCAAACACAUCAUUCAGCUGAGAAUUAUAAUUUAUCAACAGCACUUCGACAAGGUGCCUUACAAACAUUUUGUUCAUGGAUAUUUUAUUUACCACUAGCUUUAUUUGUUCCACCACCAAUAUUUUUAAUUCAUACACAAAUGAAUUUAUUAUAUCAAUUUUGGAUUCAUACUGAAAUCAUAUCAAAUCUUGGUCCAUUUGAAUACUUCUUAAAUACACCAAGUCAUCAUCGUGUUCAUCAUGGACGAAAUCCAUAUUGUAUUGAUAAAAAUUAUGCUGGAGUUUUUAUUAUAUGGGACCGAUUGUUUGGCACAUUUGCUGCAGAACGUAAGGAUGAACCAGUUGCUUAUGGUCUUAUACAUUCAAUUAAUACAUUCGAUCCAUUGGAAACACAAUUUUGUCAUUUGAAAUAUAUGUUUGAACAAUUCUUUAAAAUUGAAGGAUGGCAAAAUAAAUUAGCAGUUAUUUGGAAAGGACCUGGAUGGCAACCAGGUUUACCUCGAUUAGGUAGUGAUGAAUAUCCAGAAAUAUCUUAUCCUGUUCAAGUUUAUCAUCCCAACGUAUCAACAGAAUUAUCAUUCUAUACAUUUUUACAUUUUAUAUAUGCUGUCAUACAAUUUAGUGCAGUACUAAAAGAUUCACGUAACUAUUCGGUUUUAUCAUUGCUUCUAUAUUCAGUUAUUUUACUUUUCACUUUAACAACAUUUGGAGCUAUUUUCGAUCAAAAAAAAUAUGCAUUAAAUCUGGAACGUAUUCGUCUUAUUUCAAUGUUAAUUUUACCACAAUUUACAAUAAUGAAAUCACUUUUCUUAUUUCAAUCACAUUUAAUCAUUCAAAUAUUCAUUAUUUUAUCUUUUCUUGCAACAUUUUUUAUUACACCUAUUGCUCCGUUCGAAAAAGAUAUCUCAAUUAAAAAUAAAUAA